AAAAAAAAAAAAAGGCGGGCUGCGCAAUCGUGGUGGUUCCCGAUUCUCCCCCUCGGUUCGCUGGGCUGGCUCAGAACAAGCGUCUGAGUCGGCAGGAGCGUAUGCCUCGCGCUGCUUCCUCGGCAAAGCGACAGAACGGCGCCGCCAACAGCCGCGACACCAGACACGAGAAUGGCCUCGUAGGCCCCGGGAAACGUAUCACGAGACAGAAGAGCCAGAGCCAGUUCGAUGGCAUCCCUAAGCCGGCUAUCGACCAUGCCGCCGCUCCGCCUAUGCCUCCGAUGCCCUCCUCGACUACGAACGGUUUCGCACGGCACCACGACGACAUGGCUCCCGAGCGCAAGGAAGUUGAGACUCUGAGGAGGGGCUCGGUGGGCACCCAUUCCGAGUCUUCCUCGGCCGACUCGUUGACCUCUCCGCCCGCCCACCCCCUCCCCGAGGAGAGCCACCGGUCCAUCAACGUCAACGAUGCCAAGAACACCAACGUCCACCGUGACCCCGGCCCGCUCGGCCUCGCCUACACCGUCCUCCGCUCGUGUCCUCUCCACGACACUAUCGCCAUCCUUAUCAUUCUCAUGCAGGUGUCACCGGUCGCCCUUACAACCAUCUACAUGCUCUUCACCUUCCUCACCUUUGUUCCGCCCGUCACGACCAGCUCCGGCCUCAGCAUAACCGAGAUCUUUGACGGAAACCAAGGGACCCCGUCUCUGACGACGCUGCUCUGCAUGGACGUAAUCAUGCUCGGGAUAUGGUUGUUCUUGUGGGCCCCGAUGCAGCAGUUCAUAUUGGAUCUUGCCCAGGUUGUCAUCUCCCUGACACUAGGUGGCGGAGGGGCCUCGAGACAAGGGACGGCGAACAAUAUUCUCCUCUCGGUUGCCAUCGUUGGCUUGUCCCACUGGACCCGUUACUCCAAAUGGUCGACCUUCACCCCGCUGAACUCCAUGUUUGGUUCCAAAUUCUUCACUUCAGGCGCCGAUGGCGGCCCCUUCGAGUCCACUGUUCGCUCUUUCGAGAAGAAGAGCUCACAUGGAUGGAUACGAAGCAUGCUAGCCAUCCAUAUACUUACCCAAGGUUUGGUGCGGUACAUACGGGAGUGGUAUCUGAGGAGAGAGAAGCGGGAUCUGCAGUCCCAAAUCCAGGAUCCCGAGGCCGGGAAAGCGCCAUCACUCCCCAUCGAGGUUUCGACCGACGCUGGACUCGCAAGCCAAGAUACGGAUCCCAGCCAACCACCGAGCAGCACGACUUUUGUUUCCGGGAAGAAGAGGCGAAAACAAAGUGCGCAGGUGCGGAUACGGCAGCCACUCUGGGCCGCCCUCGCGAGCACGAAAAUCGUCAUGGUCAAGGAGUAUGAGUUAUCACACGCAGCAUCGGAAUCAGCGGGAUCGAACGCCACCGAUAUUCAUAACCUGGGCAAUGCGCCGUUCAACACGCAGCCCGAACAAAUCUGGAUCGGCUACGUCGGGUGCGACGAGGUCUGCUUUAGCACCAGCCAUUUCCCGGAUGCAGUCAGCACCACCGACAACUACGACGAGGAUAGCAAGUCCGGGAUCGAUACCACGAAGCCCUUCUACGUCAGAGUCAACAAUGCCACCUGGCAGCCAACCCGCAUCAUCGCCCUCGAGGAAGGUGAGGAGGAGGAGCCGCUCGGGACGCGGUGGACGGGGGAUAUCUACGGGCUGACGCCGCUGUCCAGCUACGAGUGCGAGUUCAUCAGCACUCGGACCGGCGAGGUUCUCUUCUCGACCAGUGUCAGGACCAUCCAGGCGAAGACCAAGGAUUCCGAGGUGACAGCCAAGGCGCCCAGUGGCCAGCGGUCGCACGUCCGACAUGACUCGCCCGCAACGACGCUCAGGGCGUCGAUUGCGGCCUCUGAGGCGAAGCUCGCUGACGAGAAGGCAAGGCUGAAAGCCGCCCGGAAGGACAACAACCGCAAGUUGAACGCCGUCAAGAAGGAAAUCGAGAAGCUGUCAGCGGCCGUCCAGUCGGCAGGAGGGAACGACGAGAAGCUCAGGCAGAAGGUCGCCCAGAACAAGAUCCAGCAGAAGCAGGCGGAGCAGUCGAUGCGCGACCUUGGGGACGAGCUGAAGGAGUUCGAGACGGUUCCAGAAGAGCUUCUUGGCCAGUAUCGCACAAAGCAGGCCACUUGGACAUCGGAGAAGGCCCAGUUCGACGGGGCGCGUGCCUCGUUCAAGAGCUUCAAGAGCUCCAUCGACAAGGAGAUCAAGGCGGUCGAGGAGGAGCAAGCCAGCCUGAAGGGGAAGCGCGGUAAGAUCGCCACGAGGUUAGCCAAGGUCGACAACGAACAGGCCCGCAUCACCGACGCCAACGCCCGCGGUCUAAACGAGGCCGAGCGCCGCCGCCAGUUGCGUGCGGCGCUCGAAGCCGAUGCAGCCCGCAUCGAACACCAUUUCCGCGAGCGGAUCGACCGAGCACGCGCCCUCAACACGGAUAAGCAGACGCAUAUCCAGGGCAUGGCGGCUCAGAUGCAGGCCUACCUAUCUAGCUUCCAGGACGAACUCGGCCACGAGCAGGGCUCGGCAGCAGCGGCAGCAGCAGCAAUAGCAGCCCCGACAUCAGCUCCAACGCAGUACAACCCGAUUCCUUGGGUCCACCCGGCUACUGCCUACACCCAGCAAUCGAUAUGGCCCGCCACCUCGAUGGCCCCCCAACUCCCGGCCCUCCUCCCUCCCCACCAGUUCUCACACUUCCAGAAUCCGCUCCAGCCGGCCAUCGGCACGCCCCCGCACAAGACCAGGGGCCGUUCCUCGUCGAUGCUCAGCGACGUAUCCGGCUUCACGCAGUCGAGCGACGAGGACGCGAGUAACCCGACCAUCGCGGCCCGGUCGACUCACACGAGCGGCCACCCGAGCCUCCACGGCACGCCUUGCUCUGUCUCCCGCGGCCCGCCCGGCUACGGCUUUGUCCAGACCCCGCAGCGCGGCUACGGUGGCUCGGGAUCUGGAUCUGGCUCCGGCUCGGGUUCCGGUCUCGGGUCGGGACCACCCAGCGUGCGGAGUGGGAGCGGGAGCGGGAGCAGGAGCGGGGGGAGCGUGCGUGAUCCUACGAGUCCUAUUUGAGAAGAUGGGCGCUGGUUGGAGCGUUCUGGGUGGAAGAUGGGGGGCUGAUUGCAGAUGUGCAUGGCUGGCUGGCUGGUGUUGUGGUUGUCCCGGUUCGGGAUGGGGCCCCGCCCGUCCGAGGGAUGGGGAUUAGCGGAGCGUCGUCCCGCCGCUGCCGGGUUGGGUUAGCUCCUGUGGCUUGGCUCGAUGUAGGUAGACUGACUCGAUGAUGUGCGUGUGGUGAAUUCAAAAGUUUUCCGUC